CAGAGAGACAAAUCUCCCUGAAUGCAAGCGCAUGUCAAUCAUUAGCUCUCAUGUGAUAGCUCUCGCGCAUGACGUGCCAACCAUAUGGCACUGGCAGCAGAGCUGGUACCCCCUUUGCUGGGUAGAGAUGCCACUCUCGCCUCCUUUUGGAUAGAGGACUGCAGGAGGCUGGAGCACCUCAAGGAGCCGCGUCCCGGUCCCAGAAGAUGCUGGGAACAAUGAAAUAAGAAUUCCUGCGGUCCGCCCGAAGCCACGAUGCUGACGCGACUUUUCAGCGAGCCCAGCCUGGUCCCCGAGGUCCCGAAAUUCGGCGGCUGGGCCGAGGAGUGCGAGGACGAUGCCCGCAGCGAGAAGGAGGAGCGGGCGGGGAAGGGCUGCGUCCUCCCCGAGGAGCCGCCCGAGGGGGAGAGCAAGGAGGAAGGGGAGCUAGGCGGGGACGAGGAGGAGGAGGAGGAGGAGGAGGAAGGUUUGGAGGAGGCGGAGGGCGAGCGGCCCAAGAAGCGCGGCCCCAAGAAGCGCAAGAUGACCAAGGCGCGUCUGGAACGCUCCAAGCUGCGGCGGCAGAAGGCGAACGCUCGGGAGAGGAACCGAAUGCACGACCUGAACGCGGCCCUGGACAACCUGCGGAAGGUUGUGCCCUGCUACUCCAAAACCCAAAAGCUCUCCAAAAUCGAGACCCUCCGCUUAGCCAAGAACUACAUCUGGGCUCUGUCUGAGAUCCUUCGCUCGGGCAAGCGGCCCGACCUGGUCUCCUACGUGCAGACUCUGUGCAAGGGGCUCUCGCAACCCACCACCAACCUGGUGGCCGGGUGCCUGCAGCUCAAUUCCCGCAACUUCCUAACGGAGCAGGGCCCCGAGGGCGGCCGGUUCCACGGCCCCAGCGCCUCCUUCGCCGUGCACCCUUACCCUUACCCCUGCUCGCGGCUGGCCGCGGCGCAGUGCCCGCCCGCCGCCGGUCCCGGUGCCCACGGGCUGCGGACACACGGCUACUGCGCCUCCGCCUAUGAGAGCCUCUACGGGAACGCGUCCCCCGACUACAACAGCUCGGAGUACGACGGCGGGCUCAGCCCCCCGCUCUGCAUCAACGGCAACUUCUCCCUCAAGCAGGACUCUUCCUCCCCCGACCACGAGAAAAGCUACCACUACUCUAUGCACUACUCGGCGCUGCCCGGCUCCCGGCCCGCCGGCCACAACCUGGUCUUCGGCUCCACGGGGGUACGCGGGGGGGUCCACUCCGAGAACAUCUUCCCCUACGACAUGCACCUCCCGCACGAGCGGGGCCCCAUGUACGAGGAGCUCAACGCCUUCUUCCACAACUGACCCCCAACCCCCCCCCGGUGAUAGCGGGGAACCAACCCACCCCCCCCCCGGAAUGAUUUUGGGGGGGGGGGGGGGGGGGGGGGGGGUAGGAGGCAACGGCGGCGGCCCCCGCGGAGCGGCCCCCGGGGCUCCUCCGUGGGCUUUGGUGCAAUACGGGGACCGGGACCCCGCGCCCCGCGGGGACAAAGUGCUUUUUUGGGAGGAUUUCCCCUUUUCCUUCUAUUCUUGCUCUUAUCUACCCGUUAGUUACAUGAUCAGUGUUAUUUAUUGAGUCAAACUACCACUAGCCAGUCAGUUCAGUAAUUAUUGAGUUAGUGAGCGACUUCUUUAUUCAGGUAAAUCCUUUUUGAUUUCAAGAAUUCAGUUAAAUUACUAUUUAUUACGUUGAAUUCUUACUUACUAAGUUAAUGAAUUAACAAGUUAAAUUAUUAUUUCUUAAGUUAAAUUAUUAUUUCUUAACUCGAAGAAUUCUUUCUUUGCUUAAAUGGCUAUUUAUUUGGUCAUAUUAUGAUUUACUUAAUUUAUUAUUUACGUAGUUAAACGAUUACAUUUAUUAUUAUUAUUGCUAUUAUUAUUACUAUUAUUAUUACUAUUAUUAUUAUUAUUAAUUUCCCGGAGGGGAGGCCCCCAGCGCUGCCCCGGCCUCCCCCGUUCACCCUCCGGAGCCCCCCCGGGCUCCCCCCUUCGGCCCUUUGGCUCGAGCCGCGUCGUUUCCUUCUGAAUUCGUUUUCAUUUCAUUUGAGCUCGAUCUUUUUCCUCCCUUUUCCCCUUCAUUUUGGGCCGUUCUCCCCCCCCUCCUCCACUGCCGCCAC